AAUGUAGCGAAUGUCCCGCUCGGUGCGCGCAGGGCCGCGGCGCGAGCGCCGGAAGAUGGGGCCGCCCGCCCGCCCGGCGCCCCCGGGCCCGGCGUCCCCGCGCGACGCCCCGGAGCUGCGGGCCAGGCGGCCGCGCACCGCGUAGACGGCGCCGAGGCGGUGAUGAUCUUUAAAAUGAAGACUCGGGGACAUUUCUGGGUCUCUGUAGGAACUGCAAAGAUGGAAGGAAAGAAAACUUUCAAGAGGAAAUUGUUUUGAAAGUGUGUUUACAACUAACUGAUACUGUUGACCUUUUUUUAGAAAAAAAAAUAAUAAAACUCUUUAAGAAGAUUGUAUUUAUGGUAAAAGGAAACCGGACGGACAAUGAGGCCAAAGACUUUUCCUGCCACGACUUACUCUGGAAACAGCCGGCAGCGCCUGCAGGAGAUUCGCGAGGGGCUAAAGCAGCCGUCCAAGGCCCCCGCCCAGGGGCUGCCCGGGGGGCCGGGCAGUGACGCUGCGCUGGACACCAAGGCGCUGGGCGGCAAGACCGCGGCCAGGCAGCAGCAGCUGAGGGCCGCCCCCAAGUUCGGGCCCUACCAGAAAGCCCUGCGGGAGAUCAGGUACUCGCUGCUGCCCUUCGCCAACGAACCGGGCACCCCGGCCGCCGCGGAAGUGAACCGGCAGAUGCUGCAGGAGCUGGUGGACGCGGGCUGUGACCAGGAGAUGGCGGGCCGGGCCCUCAAGCAGACGGGCAGCCGCAGCAUCGAGGCGGCCCUGGAGUUCAUCAGCAAGAUGGGCUACCUGGAGCCCGGGAAGGAGCAGAUCGUGCGUGUCGUCAAGCAGACCUCCCCAGGAAAGGGCCUGGCCCCAGCUUCGGUGCCGCGGCGGCCGAGCUUUGAAGGAGCAGGUGCCCCUUUCCCACCCUACCCGCAGAUGAGCGGGGCAGCCUUCGAGGGCCCGGCGGCCCUGGAGGAGGUGGCCCGCCAGUACCCGGACUUCCUCUUCGGAGGCGUGGGCCCGCACUGCGUGCCUGGCCGCCCGCACCAGCCCAAGGGCUAUGCCGCCUCUGCGGAGGCUUCCGGGGUGAGCCUCCCAGGCGGCCCAGCGCCCCCGCUGCAGGGCCAGCACUACAGGCCACACCUGCUGGGAUCUGGGGAGCCCCGGGGCUACGGCGUCCAGCGCAGCUCCUCCUUCCAAAGCAAGACUCCACCCGAGGCUGGCGGGUAUGCAAACCUGGCAGCCAAGGGCGCAGCCGUGCAGCCCGGGGCUGGCCACGCUUUCUCGCCAGCGCCUGUGUAUGCGCCGCACCCACACCACAAGCAGGCCCUGCAGGUGCACGCGGGCAGCCCGAGAGGCCCCGUGUUUGCGGGCGACGGCGCCCCGCCCGGCCUGCUCGCUCCCUGCAGGAACAGCCUCAACGUGGACCUGCACGAGCCGGGCGCGGGCGCGCAGCAGUGGCCGGGCUCCUCCCUGUCCCGGCGCGACUCUCUGCAGAAGCCGGGCCUGGAGGCGCCGCCCCGGCAGCACGUGGCCUUCCUGGCCGACGGCCCGGCCCCCAGCAGGACCAGCUCCUUCAACAGCCACCAGCAGCCGGCGGCCGUGGCCUCCCCCAACACCAUCACGGCCGUGACCGCCGCCCACAUCCUGCACCCGGUCAAGAGCGUGCGGGUGCUGAGGCCCGAGCCGCAGACGGCCGUGGGGCCCUCCCACCCGGCCUGGGUGCCGGCGCCCAGCCCCGGCGUGGAGAGCCUGGACUCCCAGGACGAGCACCCCCUGCCCCUGGGGGCCGCCUACCCGCUGGACGCGGAGCUGGGCGCCGAGGCGAGGUGCCGGCCCCCGCCCUACCCCCGGCACCGGCUGCUGCCGGGCCGCUCGGAGCCCUACGACGUGGACGUGGACAGCCUGUGCGCGGGGGUGGAGCAGGGCCUCCGGGGGGGCCCGGCCUCGGAGCCCCCCGAGAGCAGCCACAAAGCGGAGAAGCCGGGCAAGGACAGGAAGCAGAUCCAGACGUCGCCGGUGCCCGUGCGGAGGGGCAGCCGCGAUGCGGAGAAGACGGGCUCCCGCAUCAAGAGCUACUCGCCCUCCGCUUUCAAGUUCUUCAUGGAGCAGCACGUGGAGAACGUGCUGAAGACCUAUCAGCAGAAGGUGGCCCGCAGGCUGCAGCUGGAGCAGGAGAUGGCCAAGGCCGGCCUCUGCGAGGCCGAGCAGGAGCAGAUGCGGAAGAUCCUCUACCAGAAGGAGUCCAACUACAACCGGCUCAGGAGGGCCAGGAUGGACAAGUCCAUGUUCGUGAAAAUAAAGACGCUGGGCGUGGGCGCCUUCGGGGAGGUGUGCCUGGCCUGCAAGGUGGACACGCACGCCCUGUACGCCAUGAAGACCCUGAGGAAGAGGGACGUGCUCAGCCGCAACCAGGUGGCCCACGUCAAGGCCGAGAGGGACAUCCUGGCGGAGGCGGACAACGAGUGGGUGGUGAAGCUCUACUACUCCUUCCAGGACAGGGACAGCCUGUACUUCGUCAUGGACUACAUCCCGGGCGGGGACAUGAUGAGCCUGCUGAUCCGCAUGGAGGUCUUCCCGGAGCCCCUGGCCCGCUUCUACAUCGCGGAGCUGACGCUGGCCAUCGAGAGUGUGCACAGGAUGGGCUUCAUCCACCGGGACAUCAAGCCGGACAACAUCCUCAUCGACCUGGACGGGCACAUCAAGCUGACCGACUUUGGCCUCUGCACGGGCUUCCGGUGGACUCACAACUCCAAAUACUACCAGAAAGGGAGCCACGCCCGGCAGGACAGCAUGGAGCCCAGCGACCUCUGGGACGACGUGUCCAACUGUCGGUGUGGGGACCGGCUCAAGACCCUGGAGCAGAGGGCCCGGAGGCAGCACCAGCGGUGCCUGGCGCACUCCCUGGUGGGGACCCCGAAUUACAUCGCCCCGGAAGUGCUCCUCCGGAAAGGGUACACCCAGCUCUGCGACUGGUGGAGUGUCGGCGUGAUUCUCUUCGAGAUGCUGGUGGGGCAGCCGCCCUUCCUGGCCCCGACUCCCACGGAAACCCAGCUGAAGGUGAUUAACUGGGAGAGCACGCUGCACAUCCCGGCGCAGGUGGAGCUGAGCCCCGAGGCCCGGGACCUCAUCGCCAAGCUGUGCUGCGCGGCCGAGCGUCGCCUGGGCCGCAACGGGGCCGACGACCUGAAGGCCCACCCGUUCCUGGGCCCCGUGGACUUCUCCAGCGACAUCCGGAGGCAGCCGGCCCCCUACGUGCCCACCAUCAGCCACCCCAUGGACACGUCCAACUUUGACCCCGUGGAUGAGGACGGGCCCUGGCAGGACGGCAGCGAGGACGGCAGCAGGGCCUGGGACGCGCUGGGCCCGCCGGGCGGCCGGCACCCCGAGCACGCCUUCUAUGAGUUCACCUUCCGGCGGUUCUUUGACGACAACGGCUACCCGUUCCGUUGCCCAAAGCCCGCGGGGGCCGAGGCCGAGGCGGAGCCGCCAGGGGCGCCGUCGGGGGGCUGCCAGCCCGUGUACGUGUAGCGCCCGGUGCGCUGAGCCCCCGGCCGCCAGGACGGCGGCCCGGGACCCACGGGGUUCGAGUCAGCUUAGAGGACCUUCACUGCAUUAAAAUGAUAUUUUAAAGAAUUAGUACAGUUUAGAAAGAGCACUUAUUUUGUUUAAUAGCCAUUUUUCUAACUAAAUUAUAGGGAUUGGUUUUGACAAAUCAUGCUGCUGUUAUUUUCUACGUUUGUAUUUUAUCCACAGCACUUAUUCACAUUUAGGGAAAGACGUCAAAGCUGAACAUCAUGUGAUAAGAAAUCUGUGCAAUAAUGUAAAAAAAAAAAGAUAACACUGUUGUGAUGUAACUGAUGCCAUUUUAUUCGCACAGUUGUUUCUGCUUUAUAUUUUUCCCACAUUUCAAAGUUGUGAUAGAACGUUGCAAGCUGCUUCUGUUGUUUUGUCCUCUGUGCUUUUUGCAUAUUGUGGUGCGAUAGGAAGUGUGGGCAGGGGAGCCGGCUGGUGCGAUUCCAGGUGGUGGCUUCGGCGGGGGACUGCAGGGACAGGCUUGUCCUGUUGGGACGUGAUCGAGUCUUGCCGUUCACAGCGGGUUCUGUGAACACGUCCUUCCCUGGCGCCUGGGCCGGAGCCGGCCUGGGCCGGCUUCCUCCUGUCUCGCUGCGGAAACGCGCGCGUGUGUCUGUGAAGUGGUGUGACUGUGUCGUGGGUGCGACUGGACUCUUUGGGGCAGGCGUAGACGUUUGUCCUCCACGAACCUUGCCUUCGUUAAAAGGGAUGAACUUAGCUCCGCCAAGAAAACCCAGGUCAGACGCCGACCUCCGCGUGCCUUGCCAGCCAGGGUGCCCGAGCCCCCCUGCCCUCCAGGCGCCCGCAGGGGCCGUGUCCCAGACCCUGGGUCACUGGGCGGAGGGGCUGUGACCUCGGGGUCCUGCACCUUGUCUCUGGUGUGCUUCGAAGGGUCAGUCUUCCCUUGGUUUUAAAAAUGACGUUUUUCUCAUCUUUGUAGAAGGACGUUUCCCAGGGCGGUUGGAAUAAGAAAGGUGAUGAAGCCAUAUGUACUUUCUUAGGCAUAUAGAUGUCUACAUAACUGCAUAGAUUAACACAGAAUAGUCCCACUGCAGAGUAGUAUGAUUCCUAUUUAAAGUGAUUUAUAUUUGAGUAAAACGUUAAAUUCUCUUUUUUGCUUUUUAAAAACCGGACGCGUCCUAUUUCCCUUUAUGUUAUUCCACAUAUUUUUCCUUGAGGUUUUUGGCAUGACACAUCCAUUACUUAGUGUGCAUCUCGGCACCAACACGUCCGCGAGCCUCGGCGUCUCGGCGGCAGAGGCUCCGGGUGCGGCUUCCGUGGUGAGAGCGGUGUCGGGGGCCGCGGUGCUCCCGCAGGGGCGUCAGCCUGCCGGGGCUGCGGUCUCGCCGUGCUCUUACUUAGGCUCUGACAGGCUCCAUGCGGUGGGUUCUUUCUCAGGAACUCGGUUUAACUCUUAUUUAUUGAUGUAUCAUUGCCUUUGAAAAGCUUCUACUGGCACAAUUUAUUAUUAAAAUUUUACAUCCAAA